AAACAUGCUUUAUUUUUGUAGUUCCUCUAGACGACACAAGUAGUACACAAACUGCAAUUUAACUGAUUACAUUUUUGAUUACUUUUCUAAAUUUCUAGCAAAUGUUUUCAACUGUUAAUCAGUCAAUUAACUCUGAGACAAGUUUAGCGUAAUGCUUUCAGCAGCAAUGUGGAUUGAUGUAAUUUGUAGAAGUGGUGUGCUGUAAAUUUAAACAAGACAACCAAUCAAAAGCAUCAGAAUAGGCCUUUAAAUGGCAGGAGGCAUAGCGCACAUCUAAAACAGUCAAAGCAACAAAUUAAUAUUACUCAGCCGAUAACAUUUUCAUAAAUAACCGCAAUUUACAUAUUUUUAGUAACUGUUACGGAUUACAGUUACAUUUAUUUUGUAAAUUACGUUAACACCAUUACAUGUAACUAGUUACUCCCCAACAGUGUGAAGGGAUCACCAAGAUUAUAAUAAUAUGUAACACUAUAAAGUGAUUUAUGCUGCUGGUUUAAUAUUACAAAAUUAGUGGAUACUGUGAUAAUGCAAUGUUUCUAUCUUGAGGUCAUUGACAACUCACAGUUAUUUUUAUAACUCAAUAUGUCAAUAUGAAAGACAUUUUAGCCUUCCAAACAUCUCAGACAAACUACACUUGCUUAUGAAUUUUCCUCCAACACUAAACAGCACUAAUGUUUGUGGAGUCUUUCCAUCCUACAUCAGCCUGCUUUUCCUGACUGCCCAGCUUCCCCGCCUGUUGUGUUUAACAUCAGACAGAUUUUAUUUCUGUCCUCAUAGAACUGUGGAGGAUUAGGGGUCAGAGCGGUUUCAAAUCGCUAUAUAUUUCUAGCACUGACGGCACAUAGCUAUUAAACACGUGGAACAGGUCUGGUUUUACUGGCCAUGGAACCACCCAGUUGGGGUUCUCUUUUCUUGUGGUCAUCUUGUAAUUCCAGAGAGAUAAAAUAUUUGUAGGCGAAGUUGUUGGGGUCUGAGCCACUGGGGCCACUUGACUGGCAUGUCCACCUGCUGCUGUUUUUCUCCACCAAGCUCUCUCUCUCUCUCGCUCUCUCUCUCAAGUCUGUCAUGUUGAAAUGCAGGGGACGGACCAGCUGACUCAAGCUGCUGAAAAAAGUCUAUGUCCGUAUCUCCCCACUUGUUCCAUAAAUACCACCCCCUCCGUUGAAUGGAGGUUAUUUUAGAUCGUGCAUGUGGGAUAAGGCCCUGAGUUCUGCUGCCCGCCCGGAGCUGAAUGACACGCACAGCACUUUGAAACCAGUGGCUGUAGUUGAGUUCUUGAAAACACAAAAGUGGACAUGUCUAAGCACACUGAUCAGGAGUCGUAUGCAGAGGAGAUCGAUGAGGAUGAGAUUCUGGCAGGCCUCUCGGCAGAGGAGCUCAAACAGCUCCAGAGUGAGAUGGACGACAUCGCUCCUGACGAGAGAGUGCCGGUGGGAAUGAGACAGAGAGACGCUUCCCAAAAGACGACAGUCCAAGAUUGCAGCGAGCCCCAGUCAGAAGAGGAGAUCGAUGAGGAUGAGAUUCUGGCAGGCCUCUCAACAGACGAGCUCAAGCAGCUCCAGAGUGAGAUGGAAGAAAUCGCUCCUGACGAGAGAGUGCCGGUGGGAAUGAGACAGAAAGACCAAACUGACAAACCACCCACUGGAUCAUUUGAUCACAGAUCGCUGGUGGAAUAUCUGUACUGGGAGAAAGAGUCCAAACGUAUGCUGGAGGAGGAGAGAGUUCCCACAACUCUAUUACCCAGUCAGAAAGCCCAAGAGGAGCUUGAAGCAAAAAAAGAAGAUAAAGUUGAAGAGGUGGAAUAUGUCUAUGAGGAGAUCGUAGAGGAGGUUGAAGGAGGAGAGGGAGAUGUUGUUGUUGAUGAAGUAAUUGAAGAAGUGAUAAUGGAGGUUGAGGAAGACCAGCCUGUCAAGAUAGAACCUGAUGCCUCUGGCCCUGUAGUGACCUCAGAAGAUGGUUUACAGCCACCUCCAGAGUUUGCAGAUCCAAAAGUUGAGGCAAAGACUGAACAAUCAGAACUUAAUGAGACAGAAUCUAAAGUGAAUGAGGAGACGGAAGCAGAUUCCACCCAGUCUGAACCUGCUCCCUCAUCAUAUGAGAACUGGGUUCCCGAGAAAGAGGAAAGGGUCAUAUCCAAGCUGAAGAUCCCAAAACUUGCACUAGGUGGAAGUGCUUUAGUUAAAAAGACUGCAAGACCUUCUGGGAAUGAAACCAAUUUGGAGACCACUUUGGUUAAGAUCCGCAACAACAACCCCUCUGUCACAGAUGUCAAUCUCAACAACAUUGAAAACAUUCCCAAAGAAAUGCUCCUUGACUAUGUCAACGUGCUCAAGAAGAACAGACACGUUAAGACCUUUAGCAUCGCAAACACUGGUGCAGAUGAAAAUGUGGCAUUCGCUCUGGCUAACAUGCUCAGAGAGAACAGAAGCAUCACCACACUAAAUAUUGAAUCCAAUUUCAUCACAGGAAAAGGGAUUGUUGCAAUAAUACGUUGCCUACAGUUCAAUGAGUCACUCACUGAGCUCCGCUUCCACAACCAAAGGCACAUGCUAGGACACCAUACAGAAAUGGAAGUGUCUCGUCUCCUCAAGGCUAACAACACCCUCCUGAAGAUGGGCUACCACUUUGAACUCCCAGGGCCUAGGAUGGUGGUCACCAAUCUCCUCACCAGGAACUUGGACCGUCAGCGGCAGCAGAGAAUGGAGGAGCAGAAGUUCCAGCAGAUGAAAGAACAGAGGAAGGUCAUGGAGAUGUACGAGGACUCUCUGAACUUGCCCCCUGGCAUGCUGGAAAUGCUAGGAGGAUACAUACCAUUGUCCCUAUUACAGGGUUCUCAUAAUGGAGAUGUGGAGAGUCCUGAAGGUUCUCCUGAACCUUCACCACAACCAAGUCCUCCUCAUCAGCUUCGCAAGACUCAAAAUCUUGUGCCACAACAGCGUCCUCCUAGUUCAGACCAAGGAAACCUCUUAGAAGAAGUACAUCUGAAAAAGACUCCGAAACGAAGGGAUCCGCUUCUGGAAUUAAACAUAAGGGAUGAAAGAAAAGAGGGAAGAGCUAAUGUUCAGCUAAGGAGUGUUCCUAAACAAAGAGGCACAGCAAGAGAAGGACCUGAAGAUGAGAGAGCCAACCUGAAAGAUAUGAUAAAGACUCUAAAGCCGGUUCCUCGAAGGCGACAACCACCUAAAGUGGAGCUAACACCUCGGGAUCAGCUGCUCAGUGAGAUUCGACAAAGCAACGUGGCCUAUCUCAAAGCGGUACCUCUUCCAAAAAUCCUGGAGUCAAGGGAAACCAGUCUCUUCUGAGUCACACACAGACUUCAUAGAGAGACUGCACAGAGGGACAGGGCCAACAUCAGAAAGGUCAUGGAGAGAGUGCAGUUCAUGUAGCCAAACAAUUCCAUGGUGCUCCUCAACUAAUGGAGAGAGUAGAGUGUACUGAAAUCAUUUGACCCAGGGGGUUGGGAAUGGAGGGGAGCUGCACUCCCUUGGACAAGCGAACAGUUAUAUAAGAAUAUGCACAACACGAUGGGCACUUUGAUGAGGUCCUGAACUGUAAAAUUCAACAUGCACAUCUAUUCAUAUAAAUCACUUCAAUAAAUGGUGUGAAUGUCUGUGAAUGGCUACACAUAGUGCACAUGAAAAUGUA